CUAUCAGUCAACGAUUUACAUUACUAAAAUAAAAUAAUGACAUAUUUAGAAUUAUUCACAAUAUUAAUGAAUUCAGACAUUAUUCAAAAGAAGAUAUUUUGAAAGAGGGAAUAAUCUUUAAAGUGAUUUUUCGAUGUCGCUUAUAAACGUCCAUGUGUCUUAACCUCAAAAUUAUCCAAAGCUGUCAGAAUUUGUUUAUAUUUUUCUGAAAUAAUGGGUAAAUUGGAUGUUUCUUUAUUGCGAUAUCUAAAUCGAGGUGAUAUACGUGUUUUAAUAGCUAUUGAGCAAGGAACAAAAAACCAUGAAUUAACUCCGACACAAUUAGCAGCCUCAAUAGCUAAUUUACAACACGGUGGAGUCCAUAAAGUCUUAAAAGAAUUAUGUAAAAGAAAUUUGUUAAGUUACGAGAGAGGAAAAACUUAUGAUGGAUAUAGAUUAACAAACGCAGGAUAUGAUCAUUUAGCAUUACAUGCUUUAACUAAAAAAGAUGUAAUUGCAUCCUUUGGUUAUCAAAUUGGUGUAGGAAAAGAAAGUAAUAUCUAUGUUGUUGCUGAUCCAGAGGGUAAUGAGUUCUGUUUAAAACUACACAGGUUGGGAAGAACAUGUUUUAGAAAUAUUAAAUCAAAAAGGGAUUACCAUAAACAUAGAAGAGCCCCCUCUUGGCUUUACUUAUCUAAGAUUUCAGCUGCUAAAGAAUUUGCUUAUAUGAAGGCUUUACAUGAAAGGGGAUUUCCAAUCCCUAAACCAAUUGAUUGUAAUCGCCAUUGUGUAGUUAUGGAACUCAUUGUAGGAACAACAUUGAUUAAUGUUAGUGAUAUUGAAGAUGUUCCAACUCUUUACGACGAUCUUAUGAAUUUAAUUGUCCGUUUUGCAGAUGCUGGAGUAAUUCACGGCGAUUUUAAUGAAUUUAAUAUUAUGUUAAUGGAAGAUGAAAAGCCUAUAGUCAUUGAUUUUCCCCAAAUGGUUUCUAUAAUGCACCCCAAUGCAGAAUACUUUUUUGAACGUGACGUAAAUUGUAUUCGAACAUUCUUUAAAAAAAGAUUUGGCUAUGAAAGCGAAUUAUACCCAAAAUUUAGUGACAUUGAAAGAAGUGAUGCUUUAGAUGCUGAACUUAGGUGUUCUGGAUUUACUAAAGCCAUGGAAAAAGAUAUUAAUCGAGAAAUGGGUUUAAUUGAUGAAGAUAGUGAAGGCGAAGAAGAUGAAAUUGAAGAAAAAUCAGAGGAUAAUAUUGAUGUUACAAUUGAAACAAAGAAUUUAGAAGAAGAGAAUGUAAAAGAAAACAGUGAUAAUGAAGAAAGCAGUUCAAAUUUUGAAUCUAAAGUAUUGGAUAAAAGCAAUUUAGAUAAAAACGUUUCUUCUAAAGCAUUAGAAGAUGAUGAAAGAUAUUUAUCAAGUGAUGAAUGUGAAAGUUCUGAAGAUAAAUUUGAAGCUGCAACUGCUAGAUCUACCGUUUCAACUCUUUAUAUGGAUGAUAUGUUGAAAAGAAUGAAGAAACAGGCGAAAAGGAGAGUUACUAAAGAGGAACGAAAAAAAUGUGUUGCUAAAGGGGAAGCUAGUGCUGUUACAAGAAGAAGAAGAGAUGAUUUACAUACUAUUAAAGAUAGUCAUGGGAUAUGGGGUUAAUUUUUUAGAUGGUUUAAAAAAUAUAAUAUUUUCAAUUUAAGUAUUAAUUUAAGAUGAUUAACAAAAUAAAUAAAUAU